UCGAUAAGGGUAUGGUUUUGAUUGUUUAAUAGAACAAAAAAAGUGGAUCAAAUCAUGAGAGAGAAGAUUCAAGAUUGUCACUGAUCCAAUUUCAACACAUAUAUAUAGACCCACACAGUUUUAUUUGACUCUUUUUUUGUGACUGACAACUGAAGUUUGUUUUUGCGGCCAAAAGCAGAUUGAAGAAGAAGAAGCAUUACAGCUUCUGGGAGAAAGAAAGAAGAUAAAGGUGAUUACAUGCUAAUCAGUAAUCACUCUGAACCUACAGUUGUUUUACUCUGGAGGGUAAGCAAUUCACAAAAUCUUGGAGCAAAAUCACCCUUGAAAUUCACAUACAUCAAGAGAGUAUUGGGGGUUUUUAUUGGUUUUUAACACUGUCAGAUUCCUGGCAUUUUCUGUUGGCUCUGGUUCAGAACUUUACAGUGUAGGCCAACAUGUAUGGUCCAAUAAUUUAGCAAUUGAUAGAACAAGCCAAAGUGUUUGUGGCAUUUAACAUGUGUUGACCUAGAUUUGUGGAGCUGUUGGAUACAGACCUUUACUCUCCUUUGUGAAUCUAACAAAACCAGAUGGCUGGUGAUGAAGUAGGUAGUAGCUCUGAGUGGAGCUUUGAGCAGGAUAAAGCAUUUGAGAAUGCCUUGGGUACUUACCCUGAGGACGAUCCGGAUCGAUGGGAGAAGAUUGCUGCCGAUGUAACUGGGAAGACUUUGGAAGAGGUUAAACAACACUAUGAGCUUCUGGUUGAUGAUGUCAACUUAAUUGAAUCUGGGCGUGUGACUCUACCAGCUUAUAAUUCUACUUCAGAAUGCUCAACAGGCAAUGCUAGUGACGAAGGAGGUGGCAAGAAGGGUGGCCAACCUUGGAAUUCGAACAGCGAGUCUAAUAAUGGAUCUAAGUCUUCAAGAUCAGAUCAGGAACGGCGUAAGGGUAUUGCUUGGACAGAAGAUGAACACAGGUUAUUUCUUCUUGGAUUGGAGAAGUAUGGAAAGGGUGACUGGCGAAGUAUAUCGAGAAAUUUUGUGGUGACAAGAACUCCUACACAAGUAGCAAGCCACGCCCAAAAAUAUUUCAUUCGUUUGAACUCAAUGAACAAAGAUCGAAGGCGAUCAAGCAUACACGAUAUCACCAGUGUAAACAAUGGAGACGUGUCGGCACCUCAAGGACCAAUCACCGGUCAAACGAAUGGUUCAGCUGGAAACUCCACCGGAAAGUCACCAAAACAAGGCCCUCCAACCCCAACCGGUCCUCCAACUGUAGGACUGUUUGGUGCUCCAACCAUUGGACAACCGAUAGGAGGAGGACCCCUUGUGUCUGCAGUUGGCACGCCAGUGAAUCUUACUCCCCCGGCACACAUGGCUUAUGGUGUCCGAGCUCCGGUUCCCGGGGCUCCAAUGAACAUGGGUCCUGUGGCAUACCCCAUGCCCCCAACAUCUCAUAGGUGAUGUGCUGUUGUGAGGCCUAAUGUACAGAAAAACAGCAAAUAGAUAUGGCUUCUGAAUUUUCUUGUUCUUUUCAUUUGACAAUUAUUUGAAAUAAGCAACACCGUGAUGAAGCAAUUUAAUGUUCUCUGUUUUGGAAGCAGUUGACAGCAUAGAAGUAGAGUGGUUUCAUAGACAAUUUUAACUUGUUAUUAUUUUUAGUCAUAAUCAUAAUCAUAAUAUAUAUUAAAAUUGUGUAUAUGUCUUGUAUUUCGGUAAGGUGUAUAAGUUGAUAGUUGCCACAU